CGACAAUGGUGAGAAAUCAGGUAGUACAAUUAACAAUAGAAUAAAUAGCGGGAUCGAUGAUAAUUGACAAAUAUAGCAGCGCUGUGUCCGCAAGCGCGUGCAUCACACGGUCAUGGGCUCCCGGACGCACGUGCAGCGCGUCCGGAUGCUGUACAAGACAAUUUUGAGGUUACAUCGCGGUCUACCGGCCGAGGUCCGACCCUUGGGCGAUGGUUACGUUCGCGAUGAGUUCCGGAGGCAUAAGGAAUGCGCCGAGAGCGAGGCGAUCACCUUUCUCCACGAAUGGACUAAUUACGCAGUGUCUCUCGCCGAGCAGCUUGGGUUGAGAGGUCCUCAUACGGCAAAACCAUUAGGGCGAUAUCUGAAGGAAGAAGAUAUCGUGAAGCUGCGAGACGAACAAGUGUGCCAGCUGUAUGAGCUGAUGAUCGCGGCGACGGGGAAGCCGAAGGACGCGAAGAAAACAUAGCUACGUGGCUGUGUC